UAUUCCAACCUUCAGCAUAUAUUUCAUACCCACAACCAACCAUAAUAAAACUCCCUUCUGCCGCGGCAUCCCUAAACCCUAAAUUCCUUUUUGCCUCAAUUUAGCAUUCCAAUACCAUGGCCGCCGCUGUUGAUUUCACCUCGGGUCAAGACCAUGCCUUGAUGAUGGCUUCACCCCAGGAUGAGCUCUUGGCCAAGACAUCGAAGAUCAAGAAAUCUCUGCACAAGAUAUGGGAGAUGGAGAAGUCUUUGGGCGAACUGGCCCGGAUAUGGGAGAUGGAGAAUUAUCAGGGCGAACUGCGGGAGAACGAGAAAUAUCUACCCACGCUUUUGGCCCUGCUCGAUUUGAAGAAAUUAAUAUCGAAAGAGCUUUGCCUACUACGCCCCAGUAGGGCCGGCAGUUGCAAACAUGGAGACGUUCAUCCUUACCCAAGCUUGCCCAUGGAGGGGAUGACGGUGAAUCAAGGGCAAGAAAGAUCUGUGUUUUUAAUGGUAAAUUUCGUUAGGGGCAAGUACACUGGUGCCUUAUAUGAAAUUAAAUUCAAUUUCGGAGGAGAACUUAAGGAUAUGGGAGCACCUCGACCUGUAGCCAAGUUCAGCAGUUUUAACGUUCGGGGUGCAAGGAUUUUCGAUCGCUCCCAACUAUAUGUUUUUACAGAGGAGGGUUCGGAUCAACUUUGCCUUAGGUCAUUUGGAGGGUUUAUCUUUGAUACAAAAACUGGGAAUUUAGAUCCCUUGACAGAGUCUACCGUACAGUUUAAGCCGCGUGGAACAUUUGUUUCGGCAUAUGGCACACUUUAUUUUCUUGAAGGCAAAUCGCCCUCGGAACCAAGUCGGUGUCUAGGUUUUGGGAAAUACGAUCUUGAUAAGAAGGAUUGGGUGCGAAUGCCUUUGUUUCCAUUUUCUUAUGGAUAUACCAUGAGGGUAACUGGUUAUGCUGUUUGUUAUGGCCUUAUUUUGUAUACAUUGUCUGACUUGCAUCGAAACUUUGAUGUCGUUGCUUUUCACAUGGCUAGAAAGGAUUGGAUACGAGUGGAAGUUGAGACUUAUACUCCUUUCCGAGGGAGGGCUGUGGUUGUAGGCGAGACUAUCUAUGCCUUAAAUUUGUCUAAUGGGGAGGAGAUUAUAGCAUACUCCUUGAAAAGGAAAGAAGAUGACAACGGUGGUACUACAUAUUCACUAGUCCAACUGUUUAAAUUGAACGACCUUGAGAUUGCUGUUCCGCCAUUGCAAUUUGGUGAACUUGUGACUGCCUGUUUGGUUCAUCUAGGGAACCAAGACUUUGUUCAUGUUAAGACUGCCACUAACAAAGAAUGUGAUGAGGUUCAACAUGUUUGUAUCACCACGUUUCAAAUUGUUCAAGGAAGAAGACACAUAAUUGAGACCUUACAUUCAACAAUUCUUCCUAUGGAUAUUGAAGCCCGUAAUUGGUUCAGCCUUAAGUUCUGCUUUACUCCAGAGUGCGAGGAUUAUGAACCCGUAGAAGCGGAGAGUGCAGCUAGCACGAAGAAGCCAAAACAAGAAGAUGAAAUCAUUCUGGAUGAGAGUUCUUUUAUGUGGGAGGAAGAAGCAAGCACGAAAUAGCUGCCAAACAGCAUGAGAAAGCCUCCAUGUAGCAUGAAAAAUGAAUCAGAAAAAAACCCAAAGACUGCAAACGGAAUUUUUUU